AUGUCCGUCAACCCGGCACUGAAGACAGUUCGGUACUCCCACCCCCCAAGGUCAGAGCGAUUGACGGUGUGUCUGACUGUGGAUAGCUCUCUAUACCGGCGGGCAUUGAAGCUGUCUCUAGACUGGGCAGUGCAGAGAAAUCUAUGGAGGGGACAGGCAGUCUACAUUCGAUCUUUGUUCGACGCGAAAAAGGACAUCAAGGAUCCGCGACAGCAACGAAUACUUUUUAUGGAGACUGAGAAAUUGCUGCAGAAGUUCAAGCAUCCAGAUCCGUACAGGCCGCCUACCGCUCCCGGGGGCUCCAAAUACGAAAGAAACCUUCCAGCGCCAGAUCUACCUCCACCUUCAUCGGAGCAGGUUCGGAGUCUAUGA